AAGGCUGUGUGAAAGUGUGUGUUAAGGACACUGACACCUGUGUAAUGUGGUAACUGUAACCUGGAGUCAAUGUUAGCAAUCAAGUGGCUUCUGACCAAAGUCCAACAGCACAAGUCUGAACGCUUUGAGGAAGUGGCUUCAGGAGACAGAGAACACUGUCCAGGUUGAAAAGCAAUGCAGUUAAUAUCUCUGCUGCUGGGUGUGAUGCUGGUGUCUGCAGUGUCUGCUGCAGGGCAGCCUGGUUUCUUAGAGUCCAUCAUGCUGUCCAUCCAGCAGCGUCCCUGGCUCAUGGGCGUCUACGUCUUCGUCGUUGGACUUCCCCUCGUUCUCUUUGUCAGCUUCAUGUGGCCUGACAAGCGGUUCGGCCCACCAGACCAACCGUAUUACUACAAGAAAACGGAUGAUGUCCAACCAGACGACCCUGAGGUCUCCCCGCGGAGAAAAUCGGCAGAAACCAAAAGAUCGCAGAUCGGUGAACAGAGCUCCGCAGAGGAAACGUCAACUCACAAGAGAUUGCUGAGCAAGCAGUAAUGCUCUCAGUGUGACUAACUUUACUGUUAUUCUAAAACUACUGGUGGUGCUGGAGCGGUGCAGCCAGGACUCAGUGUGUAAAUGAAGCUUCUGACUGUAAUGAGGACAAAUCGGAAGCUGCUCUGAACCUCUCAUACUGAUUCCCCAAGGACGUGAAUUGAUCUGCAACUUACAUUUCUCUUAGUAAUUGAUUAAACUGUCGAUUUUUCUGA